UCAAACCCGGGCCUUCAGCGUGACGAGCGAACGUUUUAACCACUAUACUACCUCUUCUGUACCUCAUUGAUAAUCUGUAAACGUCCUCGAGUUGACGGGAGAACAAUAUGGGUGCACCUUCCCUGUUGGGUCAAGUAGCAGGAAAUACAAACAGCAACUGGCCCGCGAAUUGAACAACAAUGGCCGACACGCCAGAGGACAGUUAUCUGAGUGUGGAACAUUUCCAAUCACAGACAGAAACACAACCAAUUCCAAGGAGAUCCUGCACGACCAAACGCUGCAUCGUUACGGCUGCUCUUGUUCUGUCGUUGUCUGUUAAUGCAGUGGGUGUGUUCUAUUGGUACCAUCACCACUCCCAGCACGCCGUCAAUGACGGUCAGUCAGCAGAAGUGUCUGAAGUUCGUACCAACACGUUAUGCACGGCCUGCACGGACAUCGGCGUACAUCCGGGCACACGCAACAUUUCCGAUCUGGAGGAUCUCAUUGUGCUUGAAAUGCCUGGCUCGUCCUAUUUGUGCUGUCUGCAGAAUGUUGAAGGUCUACAGGUGCUGUUGACGCUCUUCACUGCUCAAUCCAACACCUCGUCCAGAACUCAACAAACGGAUGAUGUCUUCAGUCGUAAGACCGGAGCCCAUCUGUAUCUUAACCGCGAUGCAUCGAAACGAAGUGGAUCGCUAGAAUGGACUGAUGAAUCCCACGAUUCCGCCUACAUAAGUCAGAGCGUCAUCUGCGACAACAAGACCCUCCAAAUCAAACGGCCCGGCCACUAUCACAUCUACUCCUUCCUCACACUCAAAACCCACGACUGUCACCGUUACCCUGACAAAACCGUCCAUAUUAUGACGAGGAGCAACGCAAACCUGCCCACACUUGGCAGGACUACCAUUAUCAUGGCCAAGAAGACCUUACCGGAAGUCAGCGAGAGGUUCGGCACGAGUUAUCUGUCCGCUACAGUCAGACUGAGGCAGGGCGAUCACGUGUCUGUAGCUAUCAGCAACAUGUCAUAUGUCUAUCAACAUCCGCCAUCUAAUUUCUUUGGCUUGUACUACGUAGGGAACUGAUCGCAAACAGUAACAUAGUGGUGUACAAUUUUGUAGUGUGCUGGUUAUUUACACAGAAGAAACUUUCCCGACGGUUUGUUUGUUUUAACGCCGCACUCAGCAAUGUUCCAGCUAUUAGACGGCGGUCUGUAAAUAAUUCAGUCUGGACCAGACAAUCCAGUGAUUGACACAACGAGCAUCGAGCUACGCAAUUGAGAUACAUCAACAUGCAUCAUCCAAGUCAGCGAACCUAACCAGCCGAUCCGGUAAUCGCCUUUGGCGAUGUGCAUGAGUUGAUGUAGCUCAAUUCUAACCCGGAUGUUGACAGGGUCUUGCCAUACGGUGAUUUCAGAGUUUGCACAAAGAUGUAACAAUGGAUGACACAUAUAUUGUAGCAGCACUAGAUGAUCAAUGAAGUGUCAGAUUGCCAUUAUUGAAACAUACACCCCAGAUCCGUUACACAUUGCAACUAUUGUGUUUCUUUUGUGUUUUGUUCAACGCACAGAAAUAUUCCCGCUAUACAUUCAAGUCUCGCCAUUGAAAUCAAGAGUAUUGAUUUACGCCAUUGGGAUCGAUGGCACAUAAUCAACCAAGUCAUAGAGCCUGACGACCCGAUCAAUGUUUGUUUGUUUGUUUGUUUGUUUGUU